AAAAAUUCAGUUGAUCUCUGCUGGUAUAUAUGUCUAUAUAAGACUGCCCAAGGUUGCUAUUGAACUCAUCACAUCAACAUACACCUUUAAUUUCCUUCCUUGCAUGCCUCCUAGAGCCUUUUACAGCAAAUAAUUUUGUCAAUUCCCUUGUUGUACGUAGAGCAGAUCGGGCAUGCCAACCAUUCCGGCCGCCGGCGAGAGCCCGCGCGAGGACGUAGUGGAGGACGUCUUCGGCUUACUCCGCGUUCUCAGCGACGGCACCAUCCUCCGGUCGCCGGACCCGCCGGCGUUCUGCCCCAAGACGUUCCCCACCGAGCACCCGUCGGUGCAGUGGAAGGAGGCCGUCUACGACAAGCCCAACGACCUCCGCGUCCGCAUCUACAAGCCCGCCGCGGACAUGGCCAUGGCCGAGGAGAAGAAACAGAAGCUCCCCGUGCUCGUCUAUUUCCACGGCGGGGGCUUCUGCAUCGGCUCCUGCACGUGGGCCAACACGCACAGCUUCUGCCUCCGCCUCGCCGCCGACGCCGGCGCCGUCGUGCUCUCCGCCGGCUACCGCCUCGCCCCCGAGCACCGCCUCCCCGCCGCGCUCCACGACGCCGCCGGCGUCCUCGCAUGGCUCUCCGCUCAACAACAGCAGCAAUCCGCCGGAGACGAAGACGGGGACACGUGGUGCCUCGCGGAGGUAGCCGACUUCCGCCGCGUGUUCGUCACGGGCGACUCCGCCGGCGGCACCCUAGCGCACCACCUGGCCGUGAGCUUCGGCUCCGGCGAAAAAGAAAAGGCUGCCCUCGUCAGCAAUGACGUCACGGUCAAGGGCUACGUGCUGCUAAUGCCCUUCUUCGGCGGCGAGAAGCGGACGGCGUCGGAGGAGGCGGAGUCUCCUACCACGUUCCCGCCGCCGCUGAUGAGCCUAGACACGCUGGACCGGUACUGGCGGCUGGCGCUGCCGGCGGGGGCCACCAGGGACCACCCGCUGGCGAACCCGUUCGGCGCCAACAGCCCCGGCCUGGAGGCCGUGGAGCUCCCGCCGGUGCUCGCCGUGGCCGCCGGCCAAGACAUGCUGCGCGACCGCGUGGUUGACUAUGUCGAGCGGCUGAAGGCCAUGGGCAAGCCCGUGGAGCUCGUCGAGUUCGCCGCCGAGCCGCACGGAUUCUUCACGCUCGACCCCUGGAACCACGCCACCGGAGAGCUCAUCCGCCUCCUCCGCCGCUUCGUCCACGGCGAUGCCGCCUGCGGCGUCGACGGACCAAAGACCGCCGCUUGAUUGAUUCGGUAUUCCGGUUGUAUGUACGUACGAUCGAGUACGCGCGAUCGACGACUCGCAUAUAUGCACGUUGGAUCCAAGGUGACAGUCAACGGUCGAGAUCACUACAGAGGGUUUCUCAGAACUGCGUCGUGUUUUGAGCUUUUAUUUUGUCGUGUGAAACUAUAGCUUGCUGUUAUGGUGACGUGUCUAUGUGUACUUACGUGUCAAUGACGUGGUUACAUCGUUCUUUGGAUGAGCAUCUAAAUUUUGCUGUUUGCUUUAUACUGCAUCCGGUCCAUAAAAAAUGAUCUAUUGGCCACGAUAUGGUCUUCAAGCUAUAACUUUGGCAUCCAGUUUUCACUGUAUUAUGUGUAUAAUUGUAAUGUUCUAAAAAUACCUUUCGAGACAUGUCUAUACAUAUGAUUUCUAA